GUACAGCUGUGCAGUCGGAUGUGGAGUUCAUUUGCGAGAACGCAACUUUCUGAAGAGAGGCUGUAAAUUCCCCCUGUUUUCAUUUAAUGACUGGAUAGUUUUUUUCCCUCUUCUCCAAGUAUUUGUAUUCUUUAAUAAGAACCGCAGUUAUUUUGUUGGUGUUCAUCUUGCCAAGCCGGAAUUUUCUGGGACCAAAAGAGCCAGGAUGUCAGAUAUUUCUGUGACUGACCAUCUUGAGGGGAUAUUGUCAGAUUUUGAGGCACUGAAAAGAUCUUUUGACAUUGAAGAUGUGGAUGAAAUCCCGACUUUCUCUCCCACACCCACUCUCAAUUCACCCUUCAGCCCUGGCCCCAUCUUAACAAAGACCAAUGAAGGGAGAGGACCAGCAAGCCAUGUUUCUCCAACCUAUCAAUCACGCAUCAGUAUCAGCUCCAGCCCUGCCCAGAGUCCAUUGAUGAAGAAUAAAAUGAUGACCAGCCUGUCCUUUAACCGUGGAACCACAGCAGUGGCUAAAACCAAUGGCAACACAGGUCCUGGAAUCAACAGAGUGUCAUCAUUCCAGAGCAAAUUCAAUCCAAAUGGUUUCUCUUCUUCCUCGGGUCCUGGGAGUGACAACGAUAGCCUCCACAGCUCUUCCUCCAGCCUGGAGUACCAGGCCUCCUCUAAGAUGUGCUCUUAUACCAGCCCUCCCCAGAGUCCAAUGGGCAUGAGUGAGUACAAGGCCCAGCGUUUGGGGAGCCCUGCCCUGAAAAAGUUUUCUUCUCAUGGCAACAUGUUCCAUUCAGAAAUGGAUGCACCCUUGGUCAUACCCACUGCGCCCAUCGGCAUCAACCACAUUUCCAUGCCAUCUCUGGAUCUCCACAUCACAGAGAACAGAGCCGUCAGGAGCGUGGCCUCUCCAAGCCUUAGGUAUGGCAACUCAGGGGUUUCCUGGGGCUGUGCUCCUCAACAGCAGGUACCCAGUGCCCUUGGAAGGGAGCCAUCUUUUUCAUCCAGCCAGCAGCCUCCUAAACCUAAGGAGUCUGCUCGACUCAACAAGUUCCCCCUCGAUUUGGACAGCCUGGUAGUCAAGCCUCAAGAAGUUCCUGUCGACUCUUCCUUCAUGCCCAAACCCCCUCCGAGGUCAAACUCCAAACUGAGCAGUCUGUCUGGCUCUGCCAGCCCCUCAGCAUCAACCAACAGCUUAGACAGCAUGGAGCUCAUGGAAAUCGCUGAGACCAUGUCUCCUCCAGAAUCCAUUCCUGUCCCCAGUGUGAGUGAGUCUCCUGUUCCACUCUCUCCUGCGCAGACCCCUCAGCUUAUGCUGGCUUCACAGCCGCAGGUGGUGCAGCUUAGCCCAGUGGCGUCCCCUGAGCCUGCUCAGCUGAGCAUCACCUCUGACAACGAGCAGGAGUUCACGCUGGCGAAGGAGAGCGUGGGGUCCAUAUUACAGAGGAUUGCCUCCUUCUCAAGAGCUGAAAGCCCAGCCUCCAGGCCCAGGGAGAAUCACCAUGGAAACAAGGUAGACAGGCAGGAGUCCAGUCUGCAAUGCCAAAUAUUCAAAAAAGAGGAAGACGUGCCACAGGGCCUGGAGCCACGAGUCCAGAUGGCAGAGAGUGAGGCGGAGCCGGUGGAACAGCUCCCAUGCGACAUUGAGCCCAACCCAGAAGGCCUCAUCAGGGGCCGCAGUCUCUUCGGCUACGUGGGCAUCGAGGCUGUUCUGGACCAAAUGAGGCGCAAAGCCAUGAAGACCGGCUUUGAGUUUAACAUCAUGGUUGUAGGUCAGAGUGGUCUCGGCAAGUCAACCCUGGUGAACACAUUAUUCAAGUCCAAAGUGAGCCGGAAGUCUUGCACACCUAAUUAUGAGGAGAAGAUCCCCAAAACUGUGAACCUGCAGUCUAUCAGCCAUGUCAUUGAGGAGAAAGGGGUGAAAAUGAAGUUAACUGUGAUCGACACCCCAGGUUUCGGAGACCAGAUUAACAAUGAGAACUGCUGGGAGCCCAUAGUGAAAUACAUCAAUGAGCAGUAUGAGAAGUACCUGAAGGAAGAGCUCAAUAUCAACAGGAAGAGGAGGAUCCCAGACACCCGUGUCCACUGCUGUGUCUACUUCCUACCCCCUACUGGACACUGGUUACGCCCCUUAGAUGUGGAGUUCAUGAACAGGCUGGGUAAGAUCGUGAGCAUCGUGCCUGUCAUUGCCAAAGCGGACACACUCACCUUGGAGGAGAGACUGGAGUUUAAACAGAGGAUCCGACAGGACCUCCAGGUCAAUGGAAUCAGAGUGUACCCCCAGAAAGAGUAUGAUGAAGAUGCUGAGGACAGGAUACUGAAUGACAAAAUCAGGGAAAAGAUCCCCUUUGCCGUGGUGGGUACAGACAAAGAACACCAGGUAAAUGGAAACAAGGUCCUGGGCAGGAAAACUAAAUGGGGCAUCAUUGAAGUUGAGAAUGUUGCACAUUGUGAGUUUGCCAACUUGAGAGAUCUACUCAUCAGGUCCCACUUGCAAGACCUAAAGGACGUUACACACAACAUCCAUUAUGAGACCUACAGAGUCCGGAGGCUAAAUGAAAGCAACUUAAACGGAUUAGGACUUUCAUCUUUGACCCCAGUGAAUGGGACCAUGGAAAAGAAUGAAACAGAGAGUCACCUCUGAAAGAGGAGGGACCAAAUGGAGGAUAAACCCUGAUUUUUGAGUUGUGCUUUUUGUCUCGUUCCGUCGAUUCAUCCUCUUCAUGACUGCCAUAUGAAGGCUAUUCUGCUUACAAACACAAAUGAUUUAAGUCAGAAAGUGUUAGCAUGUUGGAUCGCACAAUGCAAAGUCUUGUAGGCAUGAUUGUAAAGGAAAGUGUCUCUUUCCUUAGUAUAUAUGAGUAUGCAUAUGUAUGUACGUGUGGAUCCUGCAAGGGCUAAUGUGGCCUGGGAAGAACAGCAGCCAGAACAGAAGUGAAUGCUGAUCCUGCAAGGGGAAAUAAAAUUGAUUGCUGCAUAGCUUUGUGCCCAUGUAGACAGUGUAUCAUACAUACAGUAGCUUCUUCUCUUAGCCUAUGGGACUCCCCACAUGCUUACUGUAUGUUGUCUAGAUUCAGAGCACCUAUUGAUUUGUAACCAGUAAAAAUACUGUUACUCACACAGGGGAAUGGGUUUUAACAUGGUUUCUAAUCUAUUUACCACCUGUUUUUAGACUGAAUGAAUAAUGUGACAUACUUCUUCCAGCUGUCUCUUUAACCUGGAGAGGUAUGUAAAUGUUGAGGAUGUUUAUUGGAAAACAUGGUCAUUUUGUUGCUUACUUUUUUGUACAAUUUCUAUAUCCAUCGCAGCAUUUCAAAUUCCAGCAUUCCCCAUUAAUGCUUUAACACUGUAAAGUGUUCCAGAGUGGCUUUGGAUACAAUAUAAAAUUGAUUCAUGACCUUUUAUUUGUUUGCCCUUUUAUACAGCGUAUAUUAUGUUUGUCAGUGUUAAGAUCAAUGUCAGAUAUGUAUGAUUUCAUAUAAGGAGUUAAAAUUCUGGGUAUCUAUUUUCCUGACCUGACUCAUUUUGCAUUAUUGUGCAUCAAAUCAUAGAAAUGGUAACAUUUGGCAAUCCCAACAGAAACUACCCAUAGGAUGACUGAAGGUUUUUGACUUCUGGAUGAACUUUGUCAGGCUACAAGGCCAAUGUUGUAAUUGCUGGUUUACCUGGUACCUGGUAGAUGAUUUGGCUAGUUAGGGGUUUUGUAGUCAUUAUCUGCCCUAACUCUUCAGGACAAGCAUACAGUAUCUGUUGGUCUUUGUAAAAUGAUGCUGCGAGAACCUAAUGAUCAUCACCACAGUUUACUUAUUAGUUAUUGUACAGACUUUUUUGUUAUUUCAUUUUGUAUUACUGCCUGUGUUUUGUAUUGUACUAACAGCUUAAAUGUGAUUUUUGUUUCUUGAUGUUUAACAACAAAACGCAUAUAAAACACAAUC